UGGGAAAAGAAUGAACGCCCAGUACUUCCGGCGAGACCGGAAGGGGAGGCGAGGGAGGCGGCUACGGGCCCAGGCUUACGGGGAUGGCCGGGCGGACGACGCUGCUGGCCCUGCUGGCCGGCGCCGCAGCGCUAGCGGACGCUUCCCAGGGUGACCGGGAGCCCGUAUACCGGGACUGCGUUCUCCGCUGCGAUGAGUGGAACUGCUCCGGGGCCGGGCUGCAGCACUUCCGCUCCCACCAGCCAAUCUACAUGAGUCUGGCAGGCUGGACCUGCAGGGAUGACUGUAAGUAUGAAUGCAUGUGGGUCACCGUGGGUCUCUACCUUCGGGAAGGUUACAGAGUUCCCCAGUUUCAUGGAAAGUGGCCCUUCUCUCGGUUCCUUUUCUUCCAAGAACCAGCCUCAGCUGUGGCCUCCUUCCUCAAUGGUUUAGCCAACCUGGUCAUGCUCAGCCGGUAUCGGACCUCUGUCCCAGCUUCCUCCCCUAUGUACCACACCUGUGUGGCCUUUGCCUGGGUCUCGCUCAACGCCUGGUUCUGGUCCACAGUCUUUCACACCAGGGACACGAGCCUCACUGAGAAAAUGGACUACUUCUGCGCCUCCACGGUGAUCCUGCACUCCAUCUAUCUGUGCUGCGUGAGGACUCUGGGGCUGCAGCGCCCGGCUGUGGCCAGCGCCUUCGGGGGACUCCUGCUGCUGUUGCUGGCUGCCCACAUCUCCUACCUGAGCCUUGUCCACUUCGACUACGGCUACAACAUGGUGGCCAACGUUGCCAUGGGCCUGGUGAAUCUAGUGUGGUGGCUGGGCUGGUGCCUCUGGAACCGGCCUCAGCUGCCUCACGUGUGGAAGUGUGCUGUGGUGAUGGUCCUGCUGCAGGGGCUGGCGUUCCUGGAGCUGCUGGACUUCCCUCCCAUCUUCUGGGUCUUGGAUGCCCACGCCAUCUGGCACAUCAGCACCAUCCCCAUCCACUUCCUCUUCUUCAGUUUCCUGAUGGACGACAGUCUCUACCUUCUCAAGGACACCCCAGUCCCACUGAAGGUGGAUUGAAGAGGCUGGGGGCGGCACCACUCUGCCCAGCCUCAGCUCCGGCUCCUGGGAGCUCCAGCCCACAGAGUGGCCGGUCUUUCUUUUUAUUCCUCAAAUGUGGACUCUGGCGGAGAAGUGAUUCCGGGACUCUGCCCCUUUCUCUGUGCCAUUGCCCUCUCACUGCCUUCCAAGUGCUGUUGGACUUGUGCUAACCCCCAUUCCCUCACCCCGCUUCCAUCCCUCAGACAUUGAGGGGCUAGUGGGGGAGCCUGAUGAGUGGAUGGAACUCCCCCCAGGACCUAAGGCUGCCUUCCCUCACAGUGAGUGUGCACCAGCCCGAGGGCGCCACCCCUCAGAGCGCCGCUCCCUCUCCCCGGGAAGCAAGGAGGGGGCUCCCCGCCUUUUCCAACAGGUGCUCUUUCCCGUGGCACCACUAGGUGGCGAUGGAUGCUGGCUGUCUGGCAUCAGGUUGGGGCUCCCGGCCUCCCACCCCCAGAAAGGUACACAGAGGCCCCAGAGAGUGGGCCUAGGAGAAGCAGGCCCUCACUUUGUCCGCACUCUCAGGAGGAGCCGCCACCUUCCCCUUGCGGGGCCCCAAGCCCUCUCCAUCCCCCGGCCAGGCAAAGAGCCAGAGAAGCCCGGCCACUGUUUGGCUCCAUGUCAGACUGGCUCAUUCUCUUGCUUCUCAGGGAAAAACGGGCUGUGCGUGUGUGCCUGAGUGUAGCUGUGAGUGUGGGCAUGUUCGUGGGGAUCCGGACAAACUCAGCAAAGUGUCUCUGGGCCUCUCGGCCAGCCUCCUGCUCGGCAAAGGAAGGCCAGCAGUUGGGCAGGGGACUGUACGUGAAGGAAGGACCCCGAGGGCGGACCUCUUCUCCAGGCCCUCCUUGAUUCUCACCUCUGCUCCCCCCUCUAUCCCUAGUCCCACCAGGGAGCCAGACUUAAGCUAAGAAAAUAGCUCUCCUCAAGGACCCUCCUGUCCCCCACCUAGGGCUCCCCCCACUCCAUAGCCUCCCUGCUCGAGCCAGUGCAAGAGACCAGCAUCCCUCUGACCCACAGGUCACUUAACCUUCCUGAGGCCCCAUUUCUUUAUCUGUAAAAUGGGAGGAACAGUCCCUCUCUUACCGCCUCACAAGGCUGCUGUGAGGCUUCAAGGAGAUCAUGUAUGUAAAGUGCUUUGCAGAUCUGAA